ACCUGAUCCGCUUCAGAAAAUUGAGCCUUUUCUAUCGAAAGAGGCAUUGAUCAUAGCAGAGUUAGGAAAAAAACAACAUGCACUCGCAAUCCAAUGAAAUGAGUGCGAUUCAAGAAAGAGUUGGCAGAUCAAUCCUUGCAACCUUUAUUGCAGCUCUUGGCCCGGUCAGCUUUGGGUUUUGUCUGGGAUAUUCAUCGUCCGCGUUGCUGGAUUUGCAGAGCACAGAUGCUCUCUCUGCAGUUCGUUUAUCUGACGAUCAGGCAUCUUGGUUUUCUUCCUUAGUUACUAUUGGAGCUAUAUUCGGAAGUGUCAUUGGUGGAUGGGCGAUUGACAAACUUGGUCGGAAAGGUACCAUUAUGUUUUGCGCGGUUCCACUUGUUCUGGGUUGGCUUCUCAUUAGCUACGCUAAGAAUGUUGCCAUGCUUUACGCUGGUCGGAUCAUUACAGGCCUGGGCUGUGGUGCAGUCUCACUGACUGUCCCGGUCUACAUUGCUGAAAUGUCAGCUGCAAGGAUACGUGGUACACUUGGGUCUGUCAACAAUUUGGCCAUAACUAUUGGCCUUAUUCUAGCGUAUGUGGCGGGUGUCUUUUGUCACUGGAGAUGGCUGGCUUUGAUUGGUGCAAUUCCUCCUAUUCUGCAAAUUAUUCUUAUUUUUCCUGUGCCGGAGACUCCUCGUUGGUUGCUGGGAAAGAACCGUGAAAGUGAUGCGCUAGAAUCCUUGUCAUGGUUAAGAGGUCCUGAUGCAGACAUCGAACAAGAAUGUAUCACUAUUAAAGAGACCAUUGAUCGUCAUGAUGAGCUUCAUCUAAGGGAAUUGUUGUCGCCAGAGAUCGCCAAGCCCCUUGCAAUCAGCGUCGGGUUGAUGGCGCUCCAGAUGCUCUCUGGAGUGGACGUAGUGGAGUUUAACGCUGCAGGCAUUUUUGCAACUGCAGGCUUUUCAAAUGGAAAGCUUGCAGCUAUUACUGUCGGCUUGGUACAGUUCGUGGCCGCGGGCUUAGGAUGUGUUCUCAUGGACAAAGCAGGACGCAGAAUUCUCCUAUGGUCUGCUGCACUUGGAAUGUGUGUGUCGCUUGUGACCCUUGGUGUGUACUUCCAGAUCUACAUUCCUCCAAAAGAUGGAACAUCAACAUCCGACGCUGUCUCCUUGCUCAAUUCUAUCAGCCACUCUGUCCCAGCGAAAGACAUUUCGUGGCUGUCAAUCUUGUGUAUUGUUAUAUUUAACCUGAUGUUCUCCCUUGCAUGGGGAUCUGUCCCAUGGCUUGUGAUGGCGGAAAUAAAUCCCGUGCGUGUUCGUGGCUUUGCUUGUAGCUUGGCAACUUUGACAAACUGGUCAAUGGCGUUUGUUGUCACGUAUACAUAUAACUCCUUGGUUAAUACUCUUACCAUGCAAGGAACCUAUUGGGUUUAUGCAGGCAUUUCUUUCCUAGGUUUUCUUUUCGUCUAUUUCCUUUUACCCGAGACAAAAGGGAAAACAUUAGAGGAAAUAGAGGCCAUCUUUAGUAAAGAUAAACGCGACUAUGAAAGGAUUGACUGAACAUUUGAUAAAAAGGAACUUAUAUUGAUAAAAUGCGGUCUAUGUUACUAAUCAUUUUUCGUUUCCAAUAAGAAACUGAGUUAUGCCAUAUCUGAUUUGUAAACUAUGAAAACAGAGAUAAGUUUGUUUCUAAAACUACAACAAAUUCUUUGACUCUGUAAGAGAUCUAUCAAAUAUACCGGCAGAAAAUUAUAAGUUUGUAAUGCGAAAAUACAAAAUUCUUUUCAACUUAAGAAGAUCAGACAAGUUGUAGGUUGAAAAUACAGAAUUUCCUGAGGAUGCACCCUAUACUGAACUUGCAGACAGGAGAUUUGCGAUCGUUAAGAGAACAGAAGUUGUAUUUGCUCAUGGUUGGCAUGUAGCGGGAAAUCACAAAAUUUUCCAAAUAA